AUGGGACAUAAAGGAGGAAAACCACAGCAUCCACUUAGUGAAUAUUUUUACAUAUUGCCAAAUGAAUGGGCAAAUAAAAGUAAUAAAAAAUGUAUUUGCCGGGCCUGUAUGGAAGCAGUUGGAAAGGAUGUUGCUUUGAAUGAUGAAAGCAUGAAACUCACCAAUACCCGACGUUACUGUGCUAAUCAUAUAAGAGAAUAUUCUUUUUUUGCGGCAAAAUAUUUACCAGAACAAAUAGAGGCUAUUCUUACCUUAGCAGUACUACCAAAAAAACAUGCAAAUUCACCUGCUAAUUCGUCUUCAACAUCAACUUCUAUUCCUAAAAAAAAACAAACCAAGGUAUUACAAUAUAUUGGACAAGCUGAGGAAUUAAAUAUAAAAGCGAACUGUCUUGUAACUGAUUCCGCUGGUGCAUAUGCUGCAGCUAGACGUUAUUUGAGAAAUGAAAUGCGUGAUAAG